AUGUCCUGGAGUCCCUUCGCAAAAGGAGCAGCCGUCAUCGCCGGAGUCGUCGCUUUACCCCUGGCUAUUCCUGUAGUAGUAGGGGCAGCUGGUUUUGGCGCAGGAGGAAUCGUCGCUGGAUCUUGGGCCGCCUCAUUUAUGGCGUCUUAUGGAGGAGCCGUUACCGCAGGUUCUGCUUGUGCUGUACUCCAGUCCGUCGGAGCAGCCGGUCUGGGUGUCGCCGGAACUACGCUUGCCGGUGUCGUUGGAGGAGCGGCUGCAGGAGCGGCGGUGGCGGCUGGGAGCGCAGGAAAGGGCGAUGGGGACGAUAAAAAAGGCGAUGGAGACGAUGAAAAGAGCGAUGGAGACGAUGAAAGCGAAGACGGCACCUAUAUUGGAGAUGAUGAAGACGAUGGUGAUAAUAGUGGUGGCGGAAGCAACGGAGUUGCAUUAAGAAACAACAGCAAGGUCGAUGAUGACACCAAGAUGAUCCGAGAUAUGAUGGACGACACUCACGCCAAAGAGAUCCAUGCAUUUUACCAGCAUACGUCGACUGAUGUCAAGAAGUGGUAG